AACCAGCAACCACACUUCGAAGCACUGAGCCCUCUCCUUUUGUUGCGUCUCUCUCUCUCUCUCUCUCUCUCUAAUCCAUGCUUUCUCUUUCUGUCAUGAAACGCAUUCACGCGCUCACACUCACACCCUUUCUCCUUCGCCACCUCAGCUUUGUUCGAAACGACACCCGCGGUGGCGGGGGCGGGGGCGGCGGAGGUCACUCUAGGCGACGGCCCAAGUCGCCGCCGCUGGCGCUGAAGAAAGCGGAGGAGAAGUCGGAAUGGUGGGUCGUUGAUGGCGAAAUGCACGAGAUUGGCGAUCACGUGCCACCACGUGAGCGGUUCGUGAUCCCGAGAGAGAACAUCCCCAACAAGCGCCGCAAGCAACUAAGGGAACAAUUCAUGCGUAGGACUCGCCUCGUUCUCAAGGAAUCGGAGCACGAUCCAUGGUGCAAAAAGUAUAUGGAACUGUAUAAUGAACUUAGAGAAAACUGGGAGAGACUUUAUUGGGAUGAGGGUUACUCGAAAAAGCUUGCUCUGGAUCAUGCAAACUACGAGUCUGCUGAAGAUGAUGAUGAAGAUUUCUCCCCAUACAGGAGUAGAAGGUCCCCGACAGAGAAUAGUAAGGACCAGAAUUUUGGGGGAAACAGGCAAUCUGAUGUCUCAGAGAAGGUUAACCUUAUUCGGGAUAAAUUUGAGUAUGACAGAGAGAGAAGAAUGAGAGAGAAAGCUUUUGCACCCAUGCAUGGAGAAACUGUGCCUGACACUCAUGAUUCAGACCGCCGGAACCAACCACUAAAUACUGAUCGAUAUUUUAGCCAAACAGAAAGGGAUUGAGAGGAGGAUAGACGAAAUGUGCUUGCCAUUGUGGAAAGAGGUGGGAUAGUUUUCCUUCCUACUUCACAUUGCUGUCCAUUUAUCCUCAAUGCUUACAUAUAUAUGCUGCCAAUAUGACUAUACAUUCUGUUAUUGUCUGACAUGUUGUUUAAAAAGUGUUAACAAUUGGAGAUUAUAUGGAUGUUUUUGGUUUAAAGCUCCUUUGGUAAGGUAGGGAAAGUUGUGUUCUGAACAGAAAUAUGAUAAUGUAUUAAUGCACUGACCUUUUCCCUGCCCUUCUCUGUCCCCAACUUAUUUG